CGUCCCGUCUUGAUAUUCCCCCAACACUUGCUUGGGCGAGCAAUCAACUACACUAUCCAUGAUAUCAUCAGCGUCUUCAUCGAAUAACGGAACUUAGAAUUCUCCUCUGGUCAAGGGCGUCAGUCCAUCCGACGUCGCCUAUCGCGUGAUUCGACAAAUCCUUGGAUCACGCAAGGGAUCAAGCGAACGUCAGUUACUCACUAGGAAUCUUGAGACUGCUCCCAUGUAUGGCAUUUUCACACCCCCAGAGCUGCCUCAGGGCUUUCGAAUUCAGAAUUUGGUUUCUCUGGACCCCAAGAACCGGCAAAAUGUGGUAGACAGGGUGCGCAAAAUUGAACGGAAGGCCUUUCCAUCCAGUGAAGCGUUUGAUUUUGACGCUGAGCUCAAGAAGAAGAAUACUUCCAUGUUAGUCGUCACCAGACCUGACGAGCUUACCGAGGUGGUUGGAUACUUGGUGUUCCUGCGAAUGCGAAAGGUCGCUUUACUGCACAAGAUAUGCGUCGUCGAACACAUGAGGCGGAAAGGUAUCGGUAGAUGCCUCAUUCAUUCUGUUCUGCUCCAAUUAGAAAAAGGUGGCUGUCAUAGCAUACAGCUAUGGGUUGACGAGGCUCGCAGCCCAGCCAGAGAAUUGUACCAGUCAUACGGCUUCCGAGAAAUCGACCGCUGCGUCGAUUACUACGGACCUGGGCGAACGGGCCUGAAAAUGCAGCUAUCUAUCGAAAAAUGAGGGCCGCAACCUGCUUUUUAGUGGUUGGUGGCUCGGAUUCUGAGAGGUGGCAGGACGACGAUGCACCCCUUGCGAUACCGCCCUCUCAUUCCAGUUCACGAACGCGAAGACGCGC